AUGUGGAUCAAUCCAUGCAAGGACAAGAUGGUCAAGUUGGCAAGUCAGGAAAAACCUCGUCUAGCUAAUCAGCUAAAACUUCGAACAACCAAAUCGCUUACCGCUGUCUCUGGCAUAGGAGAUGCUAGCUUCCCAACAGAAGGUAUCUCGGUGGAUCUUGUUCUGAAAUCGCGGAUUUCAGAGUUCACCACUAGCAUCAGUGCCGUCCUUGCCCAGAAGAUCACGGACCAUCAACCUAGCAUCACAGUUAGCACAGCUAAUUGGCCUAUACCUUUGAAUAUCCAGUUUGCUGACCCUUCGUUCCAUAAGCCGCAGCGGAUUGACCUGCUCAUCGGAGCCGGACUUUUCUUCGAGUUGCUGUGUGUGGGGCAAAUUCAGCUGGCGCCUGAACUACCGUUGCUGCAGAAGACACAGCUGGGAUGGGUUCUUUCUGGUGGCGGGCACUCAACCUUCAAUAACUCGUCGUUCAUCGCAACCCAAUCUUCGGAUGACACCAAUCACAGCACUCGGCUCGAUGAGUUGGUUCGUCAAUUUUGGGAAGUCGAGCACAUCUUUGAGCCAAUCGCUAGGGCAACAAAGGAGGAACUGCACUGCGAGGACCACUUUGUCAACCAUCACACUCGAUUACCCUCAGGGGAAUAUUCCGUUAGCUUGCCCAUAAAGCGAAGUCUGGAGUCCUUGGGCGAUUCCUACUUGCAAGCAAAGCGACAGUUGGAAAAUUUGGAGCGCAAGUUCGUUCGUAGUCCAACUCUAUAUAUGAAAUAUUCGGCAUUUAUGAAGGAGUACCUGUCCCUUGAUCCUAUGUCUCUGGUGCCAAAUGAAGAUAGAUACAAGUGCAGAUAUUUCUUUCCGCAUCAUUGCGUCAUUAAAGAGGACAGCUCCACGACAAAGCUGAGAGUCGUAUUCGACGGCUCUGCAGUUACCACAGCUGGUCUCUCGUUGAAUGAUCUGCUUAUUUCAGGUCCCACCAUUCAAGCCAAGCUGUUUCACACUCUCUCCUUCGAUUUCGUACAUUUUCCAUUGCUCUUACAGGCGAUAUCGGUAAAAUGUAUAGUGCCUGAGGCAGAAAGGGAAAGUUUUCUGAAGCUCGAUGAUGGCAGCGAUGUGACCAAGGCGCUUGGACUCAUCUUGGAACCCCAUAAGGACAAGUUCUUGUUUACUUUUGCACCUCAAAUCGGUGUGGGCAAGCACACUAAGCGUUCGGUGUUGUCAACUAUGAUCCUAUGGGAUUGA